AGCUUUCUCACAGCUGGACUGGACCUGCAGAAGAAGCAAGUCUCAUGCUGCUUUUGGUCCUAGAGUCUAUAUAUGGCUAAAUACUGAGACACUGAAGUCCACCGAGUCCUAGGCGUAGCCAAAAAAACCCAGAGGAGCCCAAAAAUGGGAGCAGAAGCGACCUUAGUCACCACCACCAACUCCAACAGCGGCGAGGCUCCUCUGGUUCUGGGACUUCAAGCCGCCGCCCUCAUUGAUCACGUGGCUCGCGUAGACUGGUCCUUGCUCGACCAACUCCCCGGCGAGCGCGGUGGCUCCAUCCCCGUUGCAAUUGAAGAGCUUGAGCAUAUAUUGAAAGAGGUGAAGACCCAUGUUAUAUCAUCCCCUGAUGAAUCUCUGCCUAUGAAAACCAUGGCUGGUGGGAGUGUGGCCAAUACUAUUAGAGGGUUGAGUGCAGGGUUUGGAGUCUCCUGUGGGAUCAUUGGUGCAUGUGGGGAUGAUGAGCAAGGCCAGUUGUUUGUUAGUAACAUGAGCUCUCAUGCUGUGAACCUUGAGAGGUUGAGGAUGAAGAAGGGAUCCACAGCUCAGUGUGUUUGCUUGGUUGAUGAGUCUGGCAAUCGGACAAUGCGUCCAUGUCUCUCUAGUGCUGUGAAGCUUCACCCAAAGGAGGAUGACUUGACAAGGGCAGAUUUUAAAGGAUGUAAAUGGUUGUUGAUGAGGUACGCCAUAUUUAACAUUGAAGUGAUUCAGGCAGCUAUAAAGGUCGCCAAACAAGAGGGUCUUCUUGUGUCCUUGGAUUUGGCCAGCUUUGAGAUGGUUCGCAACUAUAAAUCACCUCUUCUACAGUUGCUGGAGUCAGGGAACAUAGACCUCUGCUUUGCCAAUGAGGAUGAAGCAACAGAGCUGCUAAGAGGUCGUAAUGGUGAACAUGAUGCUGACCCUGAGGCUGCACUUGAAUUUUUGGGGAAACACUGCCAGUGGGCAGUGGUAACAUUAGGCAGUAAUGGAUGCAUUGCAAAGCACGGAAAAGAGAUUGUGAGAGUUCCAGCCAUUGGGGAAGCCAAUGCAAUAGAUGCCACAGGUGCAGGCGACUUGUUUGCCGGUGGGUUUUUGUACGGAUUGGUGAGGGGAUUAUCUCUAGAGGAAUGCUGCAAAGUUGGCUCAUGCAGUGGGGGAACAGUUAUUCGCUCUCUCGGUGGUGAGGUGCCACCUGAGAGUUGGCAAUGGAUGUACAAGCAGAUGCAGAUCAAGGGCCUCCCUCUUCCGGACAUCCAACUAUGAUCUUUACAAAGAGAUUGUUUUUUGAGACCAUGGCUACUAAAAAAUAUCUUUUCAAAGCAAGGAGCCGAUGUGGUUGCAUUUUAGGGUCUGGCUCAAAUUCAUAGACCAGGCUCGGUCAAAUCUAGAUCCUCAGAGUAGCUUUCCAUUUUAUUUUUUGCUGCAAUUCUGUUUGUUUACAAGUGUUGAUUAAUCUGUUUAGUAAUGCAAGGUUAUUCUCAAUAUCCCGAAAA